AUGGCUACGCAAGCGGUCCAGGUUUUCGGCAAGAAGAAGAACGCCACGGCGGUCGCCCGCUGUGUGCAGGGCAAGGGCCUCAUCAAGGUCAACGGUGUUCCCCUUAAGCUCUACGCCCCCGAGAUCCUCCGGGCCAAGCUCUACGAGCCCAUCCUUCUCCUCGGUGUCGACAAGUUCGCCGAGGUCGACAUCCGCCUCAAGGUCUCCGGUGGUGGUCACGUCUCCCAGGUCUAUGCCGUCCGUCAGGCUAUUGCCAAGGCCAUUGUUGCCUACUACGCCAAGUACGUCGAUGAGCACUCCAAGAACACCUUGAAGACCGCUCUCAUCCAGUUCGACCGCACUCUUCUCGUCGCCGAUCCCCGUCGUUGCGAGCCCAAGAAGUUCGGUGGUAAGGGUGCCCGCUCUCGCUUCCAGAAGUCCUACCGUUAA